AUGUCCAUCCAUUUUGGAUGCACCAACGAAACCAGCUUCACCGCAGUCUACAUCUUUCGCACAGAUUCGCCUUCCGCUCAAGUUUUGCUAGCUACCGCUUUAGUCCAGGUCAGUCCGCAUCAUGGUAAUCCCAUCACCGCAGGAGUUUUGAUCGAUCAAGGCUCAGAGCUCUUAUUUAUGAGACAGACGCUCUUUAAGAAGCUUGGACAACCGCUACAACGCAACAUGGUCAUGCUCAAGGGCAUUGGCAAUGUCUCCGCAGGAAGUUUACUAGGUGUGAGCACAAUUGAACUUCAUUCGCUGUGUACACCCGCUUCAAUGCAUGUCAGCAUGCAUAUUCUACUAACACUGACGGUAGAUCUUCCAUCGUUUGUGAUCGCUGAUCCGAAACGGCCGCAUCUUGAGAAUCUCAAGCUCGCUGACCCGCAGUAUCUACAGCCACGCCCUGAAGAUAUUAUUCUAGGUGCAUCACCAGCCGCAAAGAUCAUGAACGCAGAGAUUCAACGAGGACCUCGCAAUGCUCCUAUUGCACAAUCCACCACGCUUGGUUGGAUUGUCUAUGGAGCUGUCACCGCUAAACACGCUUCAACAUCACACGCAGCACUACAUGCGUCAGUAGAUACUGAAUUACAUGAAGCUAUCGCUAAGUUUUGGGAACAGGAAGAGGUUCCAUCAGGUAAUUCACCGCUCAACACCGCUGAAGAAGACGAAUACGCUUACUGUCUCAAGACAGUCACAUACGGAACCGCUAGUGCACCUUUUGACGCAGUACGUGUGCUUAUACAACUAGUAAAGGAUGAAGGACACCGCUUUCCGCUAGCUGUUGCUCCAAUGUUGAAAACACGCUACGUAGAUGACAUCUACGGUGGAGCAGACAACGAAGAAGACGCUAUCAAGGCUGCAGUACAAACAAAAGCUCUGUGUGCAGCAGGCUGCUUCCCGCUUGCCAAAUGGGCUAGCAAUAGUCCACGGUUACUCGCUGAAGUCGCUCCAGAAAAGCAGCUGAAUACACCGCUUAAAGAAACUAGUGAUGCACCAGUAAAAGUCCUGGGCAUGUACUGGAAUUCACGCACUGACGCUCUCCAGUUCAAGUACACGCUACCGCCAGAGACGCCUAAGACAAAGAGAGCUAUUUUGUCUGAAAUCGCAAAGCUGUAUGACCCGCUAGGACUUCUCGCACCAAUAGUCGUCAAAGCCAAGAUCUUGAUGCAAAAUCUGUGGCUAGAUAGAGUGUCAUGGGAUGAACAAUUGUCACCAUCACUCAUCCACAAUUGGACUGGAUACCGCGAGGAUCUUCGAAACAUCGAAUCCAUCCGCAUUCCACGCUGGAAUAAUAUAGCACCUGGAGCAACUAUGGAAUUGCACGGGUUCUCAGACGCUUCACAAAACGCUAUGGCUGCCGCUGUUUAUUUGAGAGUCACUGACGCUGAUGGGAACACAAAGGUCUCACUUCUGUGUUCAAAAAUGCAAGUAGCACCGCUAAAGACCAUGACAAUCCCACGCUUGGAAUUAUCUGCUGCAUGGUUGCUAACACAACUGAUACUUCAUGUUAAAGAAGUUCAGUCGCUUGAAAAUGUCAGGAUCAAUCUCUGGACUGACUCCGCCAGGUAUACCUACGCUAAAACUUGGCUUCAUGAACCAGAAUCCUCUUGGCCCACUCUGGAGCCUCCAACCGACAACGCAACGCAUCGAGAAGAACGCCAAGGUCUGACACUAGUAACUUGGAAAGCAGAAAAUUGCCUGCUCCAACAAUUACUGUCGCAUUACACGCAGCUGUUUCCACUGCUACGGAAGCUUAGCAUCUGGCAUCGUGCCAUCGACUGCUUUAAAAGAGUUCCACAAUCUUCGCUGGCCUACCUGCUUACUCCAUCAGACCUGGACCGCGCUACAUUGACCUUGAUUAAGUUCACUCAAGGACAAUACUUCGCUAGAGAGAUUCACACGCUACAAGAUGGUGAUGGCCUGCCUAAAAAUAACAGCAUCACUAAGCUGACUCCGUUCAUCGACCAUCAGGGGGUCCUGAGAGUCGGUGGCCGCUUGAAAAACGCAUUGCUGGACCCAGAAGAGAGGCAUCCAGCGAUUCUACCGCGACAAUCACCGCUUACAUCAAUUUUGAUUGAUGAUUCGCACCGCAAAACGCUUCACGGAGGUACUCAGGUUACGCUCGCUGACUUACGCAAGAGUGUCUGGAUUAUUGGAGGCCGUGUUCCAGUCAGAUCAUUUAUUUUACGCUGCGUUAUCUGCACGAGACACCGUGGAGAACGCGCUCAACAGUUGAUGGGUCAACUACCCGCCGAACGAGUACAGCCAACUCUAGCCUUCUUGCAUACAGGACUCGACUACGCUGGACCUAUCACGCUGAAAACGUUUCAAGGACGUGGAGCAAAAACAUACAAAGGCUGGAUUGCAGUCUUUGUAUGCAUGUUCAGUUCAGCUGUACAUUUAGAGCUAGUAACUGACUACACCGCUGCCGCUUUCAUCGCCGCUUAUCGCCGCUUCACUAGUCGCCGAGGUAUCUGCCACACGCUAUAUUCAGACUGUGGAACCAAUUUUGUAGGAACAGAUAAAGAGCUGAAACGACUAUUCGCUGCAGGAUCCCGCACAUUACGAGAAUUAUCAACCUUGAUCGCUCAAGAUGGCACGAACUGGAAAUUAAAUUCGCCUGGAGCUCCACAUUUUGGAGGAAAAUGGGAAGCCUCUGUGAAAUCUAUCAAAUUUCACCUUCGAAGAACAAUCGGAGACUCGCUGUUGACGCUUGAGCAAUAUUCAACGCUACUGGCUCAAAUUGAAGCCAUAUUGAAUUCCAGACCGCUCACACCGCUGAAUGAAGAUCCUGCUGACCUGGCUGUACUGACUCCAGGUCACUUCUUAUUCGGACAGUCACUGACUGCUAUCCCAGAGCCAUCGCUGACAGAUUUACAACCUGCUCGGCUCUCGCACUGGGAACAAGUCCAGCAAAUGGUUCAACAUUUCUGGGAACGCUACUACCAGGACUGCAUCCACCGCUACCAGGCCAUUUCAAAGUGGCAUCAUCGACGCAACCAGAUCAAGGUGGGUUCAGUUGUACUGAUCACCACUGAGGAACUCCCGCCAACCAAGUGGCCAUUAGCCAAAGUAAUUGCUGUCCAUCCAGGUGAAGAUGGACAAAUCCUUGUAGUAACUGUUAAGACAGUUAACACAGAGCUGGUACGUCCAAUUACAAAGCUCUGUGUCCUGCCGCUAACGCAUGAAGAAGAUGAUCUUGUCGACACAGCCGCCAACCCGGAGGAGAAUGUUCGGUGA